AUGCAAAAAAGAACAAGAAACACGUUUGCAAGCCAUAAGACACACAGAAUAUCAAAGCUUGCCCUCCGAGAAACACCAAAAACCAUAGGUGCUUACCGUGUUUGGACUUUAUUCCAGAGAAAGCGAUUGGACAACUUGCUCUAUGCAGUUUCUAAGGAAUUAUUUAUUCAUCUGUCAUUAGUAGUUUAUAGUAUGAACCAAGAGUCUUUGCGCUGUCAUGUAGUACGAGCGUACGUCCCUCCCACUCUUACUACAGAAAACAGUAUAAAUUUCGAGAAGGUGUACAUGGAUAAUGUAUCGGAUUCAAUGCUGCAGAUUACAUUUGAAGUCGUUUCUGAUAACUAG